AUGAAAGAUGCCGCUACUAUUUGUCACUACUUUCAGAACGAGGUGGCGGAGUGGUGCGGCCCGCCCUGUUUGCACCUCGGCCUCAGGGCCCGAAAUAUUGGGAACUCAUUAGUCGCGUGUCACACGGCACAUUUUUUACAAUUAUCAAUAGUGUCUUGCAAGAGAGGCGGAGAGCCGCCCCUUUCCAUUGGCCAAUCAGAUGCUCAGAGCUGUCUCCGCGAUAUCAGUGCAGGAACGUUGGCAACGCGGAACAGAAUUGCUAUUGCAUUCGGCGUGGUAUUUAGAUAUGAUCAUCUAAUCAACCGGUACGGCGUGGAUAAGAAAUUCGUCACGAUGGAUCACCGGUCACUUGCUGGAGGUCAAGGACACCGCUGCCAUCAUAUGGGCCGUAAAUUACGUCGUUUGAUUGGUUCCAAUCAAGUUCGGUCUCGAUUAAAAAAUGUAUCUGGCCGAAUGUGGUUUUAC